AUGAAGCGGGAACUGAAGCAGAAGUUGUCAGAGCCUGUUGCUACACUGAUAAAGAAGUAUGGUCGAGGAAUUAUGAAGUCGUAUGCUGGCGAAAAGUACAAAGAUUGGUUCGAUGAUUUCGAGGAACACGUAAAGCAAGAAGAAUCGCUUAUUGCCACUCAAAUGGAUAAUUUUCUCAAGAAUGAUUCCGAUUAUGAACGAGUGUUAAACUACGAAAAAAUACCCAGCUGCAGUAGCAUCGCAGUUUCAGAGUACCAGGGCUUGACGAAAGAAUUCAGGGACAGUGUUAUCGGCUUACAGUAUAUGGUCGAAAUCCGGCCGCCAGCGCAGUCGAUGCCAGCUUACUACUGUAUCCUUUGCAACUACAUCACAACUUCCUGGGAGGUGCAUUGCUCUAUUCUGAGGCACUGCAUCGCAUACUUUAUGAAGCACUACAAAUCUAUCUACGAAUGCGUUGCUUUGGAAUCCAGCAACGAACAGCGUUUCCGGAAAUCCCUUACACUUGCCAAGGCGAACGUUCUUCAAUUAGAGGGCUAUUUGGCAAAACUUCAUACGGUCAUACUCUUAAAAGCAGAGUCUGAGGACAGCUUUAUAGCUAUCAAUUCCAACAUUGCCGAGCGAAUAGGUAAUAUAUAAUA